UCAAAUCUAUGCUGUCUGCUGCUGGUGUAUUUGAUCACAUCCACGUGCUCACCAUUCCUCAAUCCUGUCCAUUUGCACUUUUGGUUUUAGCCUGUGAAUUGUUUAGUUUUCCGAAAAUAUUUUGAAUAAUUUGAGGAUAAAUUAAAAAGUACUCAAGAUGCCACGACUUAGGAAAUUGAGACGAAAACAGAAAUAUCGCUACAACGUGAAUCGAAAAAGACUCAAUGCAAAAUUGACGAAAAUGCCGGAAAUCCAGUGUGAUGCUGUCAAGAAAGCUUGGGACAGUUCUAAAUCGCUAACAGAAAAUGUUACACAGAUGGGCCUUGUGCUUGACCCGAAUAACAUGAAAGGCCUUGCUAUUCCAAAGCGAAAGGACCUUUUACGAAAACUUCAACUAGACAAAAAGAAUAAUAAGUUAUCCACGUCGCCCGACUUGUUAGAGCCCGAGCCACCCUUAACGAAGGGCCACGUCGCCAUACAACUCGAGAAGCAGGCAAGGGACGGCUAUGCAGCCAAGAAAACCAAUCCUCACCCACUUCCGAAAGAAAUGCUGCGAAAACUAACCACACUUUUGGACAAGUACGGUGAAAACUUCAAGGCUAUGGCGAAUGACCACACCAACUACAACCAAGAAACGCCGGCCCAACUCCAAUCUCAAGUAAAACGAUUGAAAGCCAUUCCUCAACAGUGGAUCCCUUACUUGAAAUCUCGCAACCUUUUAGAAAAAGAAGGCGACCAACUCCAAGAACCCAUGUCCGAUGACAUCGACGACGAAUAAAAUUAUGUUUCUACAUCUAAAUCCGUUACAAAUUACUAUAGGAUAAAAGUAUUAAUAUCAUUCAUUAUCUGCGCCAUGUUUUUCCCAGUUCUUCUUAUUCUUCAAAUAAGACUGAGUUUUUUUGAAAUAAACGACUAUUUACUGCAACAAUGCAAAACCAA